UAUCCACAUGAGAGGUGAUAUUGGGAAGCAAUGUGCGCUUGUUGCUAGCUUGUGACAGUAGCAGCCGUGCAUAUUGCAUGCGGAUUAGACCCAAUUGUCGUGUUCGUGUUAGCAAAUGGAAGAUACAUACGCCUUAUGAGUUACUUAGACUACCACGUUUGGAUUUGAAGGUGAGAAAGAAGCUCAUUAUCAAGCGAGUUGCAUCCGCUAACGAGCUAGCUAAAUUAGAACUUAACGUAGCACAAGAACCUGUGUGAUUCGGUUUCACAAUUCACACACCGGGCUACCAGUUAUUGGGCAAUAAUAGACCAAUUUUAUUCGGGGAAAGCGAAGUACUUCUAAUCCGUUAUGUCAGCAAUACAAGAAGGUAGUGAACCCCAGCGCCUGGGAAAUUCUGCAGAGCAACUUUCACAUGCCUUUAUUGUCACUAUUGGAGCAACCGUUCCUACGGGGUUCGAACAAACUGCUGCAGAGGAAGUCAAUGAAAAAAUUGGAGCGGAUGUAAGAAUUGGCAAGGACCGUGGAAGGAUAUACUUCGAAAUAACUACUGAAGAUCUGCCUCGAGUGCAUCUUCUGAAAUCCGUUGACAACUUAUUUGUGGUGGUGGAACACUAUACCAACUAUGAGUUUAAAGACACAAAGGAGGAAACGUUGGAAGACUUCCAGAAUCUUGCUUCCAAACUCUCGUGGAAAAAUCCCCUGGAAGUGUGGAGGCUGAACAACGACGUGAAGAAGAAGAGGUGGCGCCGUAAAGGGGGAAAUGUUCCCAAGGGGAAGGCCAGCGGGGCCAGCGGGGACAGCGGCAAAGACCAGGUAGAAGCGGUCGCCAAGGAAAUGGAGAGCCUCAGACUGGAACCUGUAUCACCAGCAGAUGGCAGCAGAGAGCCUGAGGGCGACACUGCCCUGGAUAACGAGGCCCCAGGCGGAUUGGACCAGGAUGCAGAGGGACGGGAGGAAGGGGCUGCAGACCUGCCAGUCAAGUUCAGAGUGACGUGCAAUAGGGCAGGGGACAAGCACAACUUCACCUCCAAUGACGCUGCGCGGGACUUUGGUGGGGCCGUGCAAGACUUCUUCCAGUGGAAGGCAGACAUGACCAAGUUUGACAUAGAGGUGCUCUUGAACAUCCACGACAGCGAGGUGGUGAUUGGCAUCGCUCUGACGGAGGAGAGUCUCCACAGGAGGAACAUCACACACUUCGGACCCACCACCCUGCGCUCCACCCUGGCCUAUGGCAUGCUCAGACUUUGCAAGCCUCAGGUUUCUGAUGUUAUAAUUGACCCGAUGUGUGGGACUGGAGCUAUACCAUUAGAGGGAGCCAUGGAAUGGCAGCAGUCUUUCUACCUGGCAGGAGACAACAACGACAUGGCAGUGAGCCGCACGGUCAAUAACAUUGGCCAUAUCCACAAGAAGAGACAAAUCAAGGGCAGCACGGCCUGGGGUCUAUCCAUUGACACUCUGCAGUGGGACUUGUGCCGUUUACCCAUGAGGACCAGCUCUGCAGAUAUCAUCAUCACAGAUAUGCCCUUUGGAAAGAGAAUGGGAUCAAGGAAGAAGAACUGGGAUCUGUACCCUGCUUGUUUGAGAGAGAUGGCACGUGUCUCCAGACCUGGAACAGGAAAGGCUGUGCUGUUGACUCAAGAUAAGAAAUGCUUUACCAAGGCUUUGUCGAGGAUGGGGGGACUUUGGAGGAAGGCCCUCACUGUGUGGGUGAAUAUAGGGGGACUACAUGCUGGUGUGUACCUCCUCAAACGAACUGGAGCGAUUUUUGGGGAGACCCCCGAAGAUGUCCGGGAACCACGAGGAGCCAACGACACGGCAGGGGCCACAAAAGAGCAUGAAUAGUUGCACCAUGUUUUAACUUUAUUGGUGGGUGGUCUGAAAGUGUACUGUUUUAAGACAUUUACUUUUUCAUGAGUGGUGUUGAAGUAAAUGUAAGAAAGAGCUAACACAGAUAUUUCAGAUCCGUUAUCUCUAACAGGUUCACAUGAGACACCAUUUUUAUGUUCUCCACUGGUUAUUGUGUAUGCCAAGAAAAAUCUGUUUUGUUUUACUUACAGGCGUAUGUCCUCAGAGAAAAAUAGAUUUGUUGCUGUCAUCAAUGAAUCAUGUCAGUUAGGAUGAUCAGAAAUUGUUCUUCUUAUGUAAGGUUACAUAAUUAGUUCUUAUGUAAUUAUUCUUGUUUUGGUGUGAGUAUUUGGAUUCUAUGUUGCACUAGUUAAACUAAUGAAUCGUACCUUUAAGAGUAAGUUCAAGUUAAAGUUGUCUGAAAGGAUUUCAGGGCCUUGAUUUGUUCAUAUUUACAUAAUUGAAAGUUUAAUAAAUAUAGCUUUAUUGAAUAAAAUGGUUUAUUCAUAGUUA